AUGCAUUCAGAAUCGAAUAAAACGAUAGUAACAUAUUUGUCAGAUCAUAUAAAAACACUACUAUUAAUCGUGCCAUCGACUGUUGUCUUACUAACAUGUUGUGUACGCACCUUAAGACGUUACCCGAAUAUAAUUUGUAUGGAAAAUACACAACGUAACCUUCAAAUUAUUCGAACCUGUCCACAAUUAACAGAAUAUCACCCGACAUCAUGGAUUAUAAAUGGCCAUCUAAUGACAGUAUUAGGCGUUAUCUUUAGAAAAUUACCAUCGUUAACGUUCAAACGUGUGCUGCUAGCCGUUGAAGAAGGAAUAAUUGCCGUCGAUUGGCAUACACAGCCGUUACCUAAACAGCCUAUAUUACUACUACUCCAUGGCUUGACUGGAGGAAGUCAUAAUAGUUAUAUACGCUAUAUGAUAAAAGCGGCCUCAAAAUCGGGUCUGUGUUGUGUUGUUACACAUGCAAGAGGCUGCGGUCUCUCAGAUUUAACAUCACCCAGAUCGUUUUCCGGUGCAUGGACAGGAGAUGUUCGUGAAACAGUAAAAUAUAUAAGAAAAAUUGUUGGACCGGACACACCAGUAUUCGGUAUGGGAUAUUCUCUAGGAGCUGGUGUUCUCACCAAAUAUAUUGGCGAAGAAGGUAUCCGUUGUGAAUUGAAUGGUGCAAUUGCUUGUUGUCCAAGUUUAAAUAUGAUAUUAUCAACAAAUAAAAUGGAAAAAUGGUUUAAUAGUCUACUGUAUAAUCGACUUUUGACAUCAAAUUUAAUUAAUUAUCUUCGACGACAUGAAAAACAUUUUACCAAUAGUGAUAUUAUUGACCUGUCAAAUGUUUAUAAGUCACGAACAAUACGAGAAUUCGAUACACGUGUAAUUGUACCAAUGUUUCGUUACCGUGAUGUUUUUCACUAUUACGAAGACGCAUCAUCAGCAAAAUAUUUAGAACAUAUAAAAAUACCAACAUUGAUACUGUGUGCCGUUGAUGACCCAAUAUGCGAUGUUAACGGUUUGCCAAUGGAAACAAUUCAUAAAAAUGAUAAUAUAAUAGCGAUUAAAACAAAAGAAGGUGGACAUGUUGGAUGGUUGACAGGUUGGUGGCCAAAAACUUAUAGUUGGGAAAAUAAGGCGAUUGUAGAAUAUAUUAAUGCUAGAUUAAAUGAAAUGAAUUAUGUGUGGGAGCGAAAAGAAGAUCCAUUAAUAGUUGAUACGUUUUGA